UCAAAAGGAACACGUCGCCUUCAGCGUAACGGUGAAAUUUGGAAGGAUACCGCAUUGGACCGAGCAGUUUUAAGCGUAAAAAGUUCAUCCAGACGUGUAUACAUGGGUGCGAUUCAGGGUUUGUUUAAAUGGGAGCGAAAGGUGCGCAUAUUUUUGUGCCUUUUCGGUUUGGUUUUGUCUAUUUAUGCUCUUCACGUCGAGCUGUCCCGGGAGAGAAACCCAGAUUACAGGGCGCUGUGUGACCUAGGAGAGUCCGUGAGCUGCUCCAAAGUGUUUACCUCCAGAUGGGGACGUGGUUUUGGGUUGGUCCAGUUCUUUGUGGCCAAAGAUAGCCCUCUGAACCAGCCCAACAGUGUACUUGGCAUCAUAUUUUACACUCUGCAGAUGGCCCUUGGACUGUCUGUGUCUAAAAAAGCUGCAAUGCUCCUGGUGUUCUCUUCCUGGGUUUCUGUGGCUGGUUCACUCUAUCUUGCAUCUAUUCUCGCCUUUGUUCUGGGAGACUUCUGCAUGGUCUGUGUCUCCACAUACAUUAUCAACUUUGCAUUGCUCUUCAUCAACCUGAAGCGGCGGAGUGCAAUUGAAGAAAUGAAGGAAAAGGCUGGAUAGAAAGUGUUGCCUGUGAAAUGUGACAACUUUUCCCCUUUCAGCCAUCCUGAAACCACACUGGAUCCAUCUCACAGUAUUUUGCCAGUGUUUACAAGAGUUUUAUUCAGUAUUUUUACAAAAAAAAAAAAUCAACAACUGGAGAUUCAUCUCAGAAUAUCCAUAAGUUCGUUUUUCAAUGCAGAAACUGUCUUAUUUUUGUGUAUUGUUAUAGAUUAAUGCAUUUUUGAAUACAGCUUGUUUGUUCUGAUUUAAUUCUGGACUAUUAAAUGGUUAAAUGUCUUUAAACGGAAAGACAUUUCCCUACAAGUGU